AUGUGGAGUAUAACGCGAUUUGGGGAGAAAGUUUAUACAAUGAUGGCGGAAGGGGGAUCUCGUUACUGUUCGAAGAAGACGGAUGAUAUAUGCGGCAAUGCUUGCGAUGAGGAGUCAGGACGAUCUUUGAGCAUGUCAAGAUUACGAUGUAUUCUGCGUGGAAUGGAUUUUAAAAUGUAUAUCUUUUUUUUCGUUCUAGUGCCGACAUGUGUCCUUGGUAUAUACUUGCACGGACAGAAGAUUUCGUACUUCUUGCGGCCAUUGUGGGAAUCGCCACCUAAACCCUUUCAUGAAAUCCCACACUAUUAUCACGAAAAUGUGUCAAUGGAGAAUCUCUGCAAGCUUCAUGGAUGGGGAAUCCGUGAGAGCCCAAGGCGUGUCUUUGAUGCAGUGUUGUUCAGUAACGAGGUGGAAAUCCUUACCUUACGGUGGAAAGAAUUGUACCCCUAUGUAACAGAGUUUGUUCUCCUUGAGUCAAAUUCAACGUUUACUGGAUUGCCAAAGCCUCUGGUAUUUGCCAGCCAUCGAGAUCAGUUUAAAUUUAUUGACUCGCGAUUGACAUAUGGGAAAAUUCCUGGGAGGUUCAGGAAAGGAGAAAACCCAUUUAUUGAGGAGGCAUAUCAGCGACUGGCUUUGGACUAUCUUCUCAAACAAGCAGGAAUUCAAGAUGAUGACUUGUUGAUAAUGUCAGACAUUGAUGAGAUACCAAGCAGGCACACUAUCAAUCUUUUGAGAUGGUGUGAUGAAAUACCUCCUAUCCUUCAUCUUCGGCUAAAAAAUUAUCUGUAUUCAUUUGAGUUUCUUGUGGAUAAUAAUAGCUGGAGAGCUUCAGUCCACAGAUAUCAAUCUGGCAAGACAAGGUAUGCACAUUACCGCCAAUCAGAUGAAAUCUUGGCAGAUUCAGGGUGGCAUUGCAGCUUUUGUUUCCGCCAUAUUAGUGAGUUUAUAUUCAAGAUGAAAGCUUACAGCCAUUUUGACAGAGUGAGGUUCGCUCACUAUUUGAAUCCUAAGAGAAUACAAAAAGUAAUCUGCAAAGGGGCUGACCUGUUUGAUAUGUUGCCUGAAGAGUAUACCUUCAAGGAAAUCAUUGGGAAAAUGGGACCCAUUCCCCAUUCCUACUCAGCUGUUCAUCUUCCGUCAUAUCUAUUGGAGAAUGCUGACAAGUAUAAGUUUCUUUUGCCUGGGAAUUGCUUAAGAGAAAGUGGCUGAAUUUACUUUGACUGCCUUCCAUGUCUGUUCUUAUAAAGGGUUGGAGGUGCAGCUUGUGUGACCCCUCAUGAAGAGCUUUAUUGAAUGAUCGAUGACUGCAGUUUGUAACUGUUACAAUGUGCUUACAUGUCCAGCAAUAUUUAUGUCAUUCUUUCAGAAAUAUUGGAAGGUUGGAUGAAUUCUUGGAUUUUCAGGGUUAUGUAUAUAACUUAGAGUUUGUUUUCAUUUAGAAUGGAGCUUAUUCAUCUGCUUAGUGGGGAGCUUUCUGUGAUGGGAACAGCUUGGUUGCUGUGGGGGUGCCUGUUUAUUAUUUGCCAGUGGUGUUGACCCCCCAAAUAUGCCCCCAAAAAGAUACAGGACAGUUGGCUUCCCUUCAUGUUAGGAAAUUUUGAUUCGACACUAAUCAAUUAAUAUAUUUUUGUGGACCUAUGUUGGUGUUUGGCUUCGUGAUUUGUGCUUUUGAGUCCAUCAUUUCUUAAUCUGUUAAUUUUUUAGUUUCAUUCAAAACAGUAUGCCAAUAACAUUGCUUUGAUCUCAAGCCCCUUUUUUGAGGUGAU